GAAAAAUUGGAGAAAAGAGUUUAUACACGUGUCAGAAAUAUAUUGGAUUGAAUUCCCACCGGUGACGAGUCACACACACCCGUCUUCAACCCCUUCCCCUCUAGCGAUACGAUACAUACACCGAUCAAUUUUGAAUCAAAAAUCACAAAUCAAUUUCCCCUAAUUAAUUACUUGAAUGCCUCAAUUUUAAUUCCAGAGCUUCUCGGAGCGAAUCCGAGUCAUCCAGACGGAUUAAAUCUACCAGUGUUGUAGUUGGAUAGGUCAAAGAUGAUGAGGUUACAGACGUACGCAGGGGUUAGCUUGAUUGCUACCCUGGCGGUUGUUUAUCAUGCUUUUAGUAGUCGGCAGCAGUUUUACCCGGCAAUGGUUUAUUUAUCAACUUCUAAGGUCAGUUUGGUGCUUCUACUAAAUAUGGGCCUGGUUGUGAUGUGCAUAUUGUGGCAACUGACUAAGAAGAUUUUCCUGGGGUCGCUCCGUGAAGCGGAGGUUGAAAGGCUUAAUGAGCAGUCGUGGCGGGAAGUGAUGGAGAUACUCUUUGCUAUUACUAUUUUCAGACAGGACUUUUCGGUUACUUUUCUUUCUAUGGUCACGGCUCUUUUGUUGAUAAAGGCUUUGCAUUGGUUGGCUCAGAAGAGAGUUGAAUAUAUUGAAACGACACCGUCAGUUCCCAUGUUGUCUCAUAUUCGAAUAGUCUCGUUCAUGGGAUUCCUUUUUCUACUUGACAGUCUCUUUUUGUAUAAUUCAGUGAAGUAUCUAAUAGAGACCCGCCAGGCAUCAGUUUCUCUCUUUUUUGCCUUUGAGUACAUGAUAUUGGCAACAUCAACGGUAUCAAUAUUUGUAAAAUAUAUAUUCUAUGUCAGCGACAUGCUUAUGGAAGGACAGUGGGAAAAAAAGGCCGUCUAUACAUUUUAUUUGGAACUGAUUCGGGACUUACUGCACUUGUCUAUGUACUUGUGUUUCUUCCUUGUGAUUUUCAUGAACUAUGGUGUGCCUCUUCAUUUGAUUCGGGAGCUUUAUGAAACUUUCCGUAACUUCAAAAUCCGUGUUGCUGAUUACAUUCGUUACCGGAAGAUCACUUCCAACAUGAAUGACCGUUUUCCAGAUGCUACACCAGAAGAGAUCGACUCUAGCGAUGCAACCUGCAUUAUCUGUCGUGAGGAGAUGACAACAGCCAAGAAGUUAAUCUGUGGUCAUCUUUUCCAUGUUCACUGCCUCCGGUCAUGGUUAGAGAGGCAACACACUUGUCCUACUUGCAGAGCCCUUGUUGUACCAUCUGAAAAUGGGGCAAGUCCAGCUGGUUCCCAUGCUAAUGUUCACCAACACGGAACAAACAUGUCAAAUUCGCCUUCUCAGGGCUCAACUGGUGAUGGUGCUCCAAAUGCUAAUAUUAGCCCACAACAGGCCAGACUACGGGCUGCUGCUGCCGCUGCUGCGAUAUAUGAAAAGUCUUUUGUAUACCCAUCUCCGAGUACGCUAGUCUGGUCUCCUGGGUACGCUUUACCCGUGCAAACAGACCGAACUGUGGCUGGCUCUAGCACUGGGAAUUCCAAUGGAGAAACAAUUUCUGGACACAAUACACUGAAACCUCAGUUUGCAACCGUUGGUGGACCUGCAGAUUUCUCUUUUCAGAAGCCCACCAUCAGUUCCUAUCAGGCUUCUGAUAUUGAUGUGAAGUUUGAACAGUAUUUUGGUAGCAAUAUAUCGGACUCUCAACUGGAAGGGCAAAGAAAACUAAUUCAAAGGCAAAUUGAGGUUUUGCAAGAACAACUUCAACUUCUACAAAAGCCAAAUGCCGAGAAAAGCACAGAAAUGGAUCAAACAACUGCUGCUGAUAAAAAGGGAAAGGGGCUUGCAUCAUCGUCGUCUUCCUCAUCUGAUUCAGAUAGGGAAGACUGAGAACCUGUGUAGAUGCCCUGCACAAUUUGCAGUAGUAUUUGGUGGACUGUGAUACCUUAAUAUAGAGAGAAAACAGGGAAUUGUUUACUUUCUUUGAGGUAUCCAUUUCAAAGAGGAGUUAAUAUAUGAUACUUGUUGUAGCUCAGUUAAGUUUUUAGUGUACUUGUGUGAAUUUUGCGCAUGAAGAUCCUUGGAUAAAUAUAUCAUGUAAAAUGUUCUUGUGUAGUGCAAAUACCAUAAUUUCUGUUUA